UCCCACCACCGUCACCACCAUGCCCAUGAGAGAGGCUGAAGGGGAUGCUAAAGGAGAUAAAGCCAAGGUGAAGGAUGAGCCACAGAGAAGAUCCGCCGCAAGGUUAUCUGCUAAACCUGCUCCUGCAAAGCCAGAGUCCAAACCUAAAAAGGCCCCUGCAAAGAAGGGGAAGAAGGUACCCAAAGGGAACAAGGGGAGAGCUGAUGCAGAAAACGGAGGUGCCACAAGAGACCAGGUGCAGAAAGGUGCUGGAGAUGCCAAGUGUGUGCAUUAUGGGUAA